AUGGACGCCAUCAAGAAGAAGAUGCAGAUGCUCAAGCUCGACAAGGAGAAUGCCUUGGACAGAGCUGAGCAGGCCGAGUCAGACAAGAAAGCGGCGGAGGACAGAAGCAAGCAGUUAGAGGACGAAAUAAGAGAGUUGGAAAAGAAAAUGCGUGUAACUGAGGACGAGAGGGAUAAAGUGUUUGAGGAGUUCCAAACUGCAGAGGAGAAGCUGCUGAGUGCUGAGGAAGUUGCCACCAAGCUUGAGGAUGACUUGGUAGCUCUGCAGAAGAAACUGAAGGGAACUGAAGAUGAGCUGGACAAGUACUCUGAGGCUCUUAAAGAUGCCCAGGAGAAACUUGAGCUAGCUGAGAAGAAAGCCACAGAUGCCGAGAGCGAUGUGGCCUCCCUCAACAGACGCAUCCAGCUGGUUGAGGAGGAGUUGGACCGUGCUCAGGAGCGUCUGGCCACUGCUCUGACCAAGCUGGAGGAGGCCGAGAAGGCUGCUGAUGAGAGCGAGAGAGGCAUGAAGGUCAUUGAGAACAGAGCCAUGAAGGAUGAGGAGAAGAUGGAGAUUCAGGAGAUCCAGCUCAAAGAGGCCAAACACAUCGCUGAGGAGGCUGACAGAAAAUACGAGGAGGUUGCUCGUAAACUCGUCAUCAUUGAGAGCGACCUUGAGCGUACAGAGGAGCGCGCUGAGCUGUCAGAAAGCAAAUGCUCUGAGCUGGAGGAAGAGUUGAAAACUGUGACCAACAACCUCAAGUCACUGGAGGCCCAGGCUGAGAAGUACUCUCAGAAGGAGGACAAAUACGAGGAAGAGAUCAAGAUCCUCACCGACAAGCUGAAGGAGGCUGAGACCCGUGCCGAGUUCGCUGAGAGAUCAGUAGCCAAGCUGGAGAAGACCAUUGAUGACCUGGAGGAGAAACUUGCCCAUGCUAAAGAGGAGAACCUCGACAUGCACCAGAUGUUGGACCAGACUCUAAUGGAACUGAAUAAUUUGUGA